AUGGCCUCGCGCAGCGGGUCGACUUCCCAAGGCAACAGCAGCAGCAGAGGCAAAAGCAAAGGCAGCUCGGCAGUGAACGCGCUGAAGCGGCUGACGCGUGAACUGCAAGACCUACACAGCUCGCCGUGCGAGGCGGUGUUGCAUCUGGGCCCGGUGAGCGAAGAGGACCUGUUCCAGUGGGAAGCGGUGCUCAAAGGUCCGCGCGACCACACCAACCCGUACCACAACGGGCUGUGGCUUCUGGACAUCACGAUCCCGCCGAACUACCCGCUGGCGCCGCCGAAAGUGCACUUCGUCACGCCCAUCUGUCAUCCCAACGUGCACUUCCAAACGGGCGAGAUCUGCUUGACCCUGCUGAGCGGCGAGCAUUGGGCCCCGACCUACACGCUGAGCACGACCAUGGCCGCCAUCCAGCAGCUGUUGAGCAUGCCGGGCCUGGACAGUCCGUUGAACGUCGACGUCGCCAACCUGUACCGUGAACACGACAAGAUCGGCGCCGAGAGUCUGGUUCGCUUCUGGACCGUCGAGAAGAGGUGGGCCGGCGAGGGCAAGGCUGGCUUCAUCAGUGAAAGGACCCCUGGCUCCGGUGGGAAGUUGGGAGAGUGA